CAGUGUAUGUUUAUAGUAUAACAAUAGAGAAAUUAAUAACGCCUACACGUACAGGUGGCUUAAGGUGAUAUGGUGAGGUAAGCCUUUGGCUUUGUUCAGGUUGAGAUUACCUGGAUGCGUUUUUGUAUGUUUGUAUGUAUUUUUAUUUUUUUUAAUGAUGCUGAAUCUUGGAAUUCUCAUCUGCCAAAAUAAUUUGUACAUUAACUGCAGAUUCAAAUUCAAUUCAAAAUUCAAAAAUACUUUAUUAAUCCCAGAGGGAAAUUGAUUAGCGAGAACUGGAAUUAUUUAAUGAAUAAAAGUGCACGUGUCAGGUUGCCAGUCAAAAUUGUUUCAUGGAAGGGGCUUUUAAAACUGUUAAAAGGGAGUCUGUCACUAUAGUCAGUACCGGUAAGUUAAUGCAUUUGAAUAAAUAAAUGUGUCCCUUGCAGGGCUAAACCAGCUCUUAUUCCUAGAAAUAGACAAAAUGGGAUUUGUGUGCAGAAAGCUAGCAUUCUGUCUGGUAAUAUGUGGAAACUUGUACUGUACUCUAAGAUCCCAUCUGUUUACAGAUGCAGGUUACCACUGAAACACUGCAUUGAAACUAUUAUUUCUCUCUCUCUCUCUCUAUCUCUCUCUUUCUCUCUCUCUCUCUCUCUGUCUCUCUGCAGGUUGACAAGGCAGUAUUGCGCAUCAUGACUGAUGAGCAAAUGUCAAAAUACAUUACGUCAUAUGGUGACCGAGUAGCUGUCCUAUCUUUCUGUGAACAAACGCAGUGUCAUAGCACCAAUAAAGAGACUCUAUUACAGAGAUUAAAAUGUAAAAUAGGGGCACGCAAGAUGAAGUCCAAGACAAGAGGAUCAGUGAGUGGUACACCAGAUGAACCCCAAAGUACCAUGGCCAGACAAAAAAAUAUGGCAGCAGAGAAGACUUCAAGGAAGGUUGAAAUUGGAUGGCUUCAUUUUGGCAGUAAUGGAUACAGUCAAGUACGGACCAACAGUGGUGGAGGCACAAGACAUGCAACACUGGCAAAAACAACAACUGUUGCUCAGAUCAUGGAAUUAGGAAAGGAGCUGUUUUUCCCUGAUGGGCGCUCAACAAAAGGACCAGCUGAAGACUUCACAUUUGGCAUCUGUGAUUUUAAAAAGAACAAGAUUCCCUUGGAUAGCACUAUUGGCCAAAUGUAUGAACAAACUAAACUGAAGCUGCUCAGAUUUUACAUUUGUACAAAAGAGGGAGCUUCAACAGAUCACUCAUCUAAGGAAAAGGGGCUUCUUGAAGAUGAAGAAGAUGGAUGUCACUCAGGCGAUUCCAUCACAGAUCUGCAGGAUCUUUCAAAUUCAUCUGAUAGUGAUGGAGGCACCCAGAUGCAAACAAGAUCAAAAAAGAGAAGGGAAAUACUUGAGACGGAGACAGCACAAAGCCCAGGUCCACCACAUCCCUUUCAGUCAACCCCAACAGACAUUACAAGUAGUAACAUUGGACAAAGACAAAACAGAAGUGAGCUUAGUUUACCGAAGCCCCCGUUUGAAGAGGCCGAUACACUUGUGUGGGAUUCCGAUGACGAUGGUGUGGUGGUUGUAAAUUUUAACCAUUUUGAGGGAGAUGAUGUCAUACAGAUUGCUGAGGUGAGUGGAGCCCCUACACAGGUUAUACAGCUUCUAGCACCUUCAGGCGAUGGCCUAACUGGACUGGAUGAGCAGCUAUUCAUACGUGAGGAGGCAGCGCAAACUGCUCAGCUGGACAGUGAGCUGAAUUUGCCAUCGGAUUCAAGCAGCCAGAUUUCCUCAACAACAUCGUCCAGCAUCGCAGGAAAUCCACAGACCAUGCGGCGUGCUUCAAUUUGCAGGAUAAAGGUUGUCGAUGAUCUUUUGGCUGUAUUUACCGACAGCAGCAUCAUGAAUGUGACUUUAAAGAUGGAUUUUGUAAACGAAAAAGCCGUUGAUGAUGCUGGUGUGUCUAGGGAGGUGUACACAGCCUUCUGGGAGCAAGUUCUUGAACAGUGUGAGGGGGAAAUGGAGCGAGUUCCAAGGCUGAGGCCAGAUUUCUCUGAGGCUGAAUGGCAAGCGGUUGGACGCAUUUGGGUAAAAGGAUUUCUCGAUCAUGGUGUAAUGCCAGUGAAGCUUUCCCUGGCUUUCAUUUUAGCAUGCAUCAACGGAAUUGACUACGUUGAUACAGAGACCUUGAUGUCAUCGUUUCUCAACUACCUGCCUCCUAUCGAAAGAUCAGCUGUUGAGAAGGCUCUCCAGGGCACAAUGGAAGAAAGUGAUCAAGAGGACUUGAUGGACCUUUUCACACGGAUGGGUUCUCAUUCCUUACCUCCACAGAAUGGCAUGAAGUCUGCCAUAGAAAUGAUGGCCCACAAAGCCAUUCUCCAAGAGCCGAAGUAUAUAGUUGAUUGCUUCUCCACUCCCAUGUCACAUGUAAAGCUGAAACUACCAGAUAAGGACAGUGUGUUAAAUCUGUAUGAGUUAAAGAAGCCCACAGGCAAAAGAGUGAUGCAACUGUUUGAAACAACAAAGGUGGUGCUGUCUCAGAGAGAACAAGCAACCUUUUACCAUCUCCAGCGUUAUGUGAAAAAUGCUGAUCAAGCCAAAGCUGAGAAAAUCCUGCGUUUCUGCACAGGUUCCUCAGUUAUUUGUGUUGAGAAAAUUAUGGUUAGCUUUAAUGCAGAAACUGGCCUCAACAGAAGGCCUGUUGCUCACACCUGUGGAGCUACACUUGAUGUACCAUGUACAUACAGUUCUUACCCAGAAUUCCGCACAGAAUUUGACAAUAUCCUGUCCAGCAACUACUUAGAUAUGGACAUUAUUUGA